AAAAUAACAAGAAGAAGAAUAAGAGAAAAACAAGAGAAGACUAAAAUUCAAGAAGAACCGAGAAAAAUAUAAUAGAGAGAGGGAUAUCUUCUCAAUUUUCAAAAUGUCUUAUCAUCGAGUAUUUCUUCCAUUGAUCUUACUGAUAUUUGCAAUCUCCAUCGAUCAAGUACGAAAUGAAAAAAUUAACUGCAGACGUUCGUCGGGAUUGGUUGCUUAUCCAAGAAUUGGAAGAAGCUCCGAAAUGACGGAAUUUCAAAGAACGUCAAGACCAGUUGGUAUUAUCCCUUAUCCGCGACCUGGACGAUCGAAUUUACCAUUGUUUUACAUCGGUGCUGAUCGAAAACACGAUAUGGGUUCCAUCAACGAUUUAGAAAUUCUUCCAACUCGUGAAUCCGAGAUUGAAUCUACUUACGAACCCGAAUACGACGAAUUUCAUCCAGAUUUAGGAGCGUUCGUGAGACACCUGGAUAAAAUUUAUCCUAAAUUAAAACAACACGAAGAUUUACAAUCCCACAAUCUUGCCUUACGUUCGUACCCACGUCAAGGACAAAUAACGUGGAGUCUACCGAGAACCGGAAGAGAUACUACCGAUCACGAUCCUCCAACGAAUGUCCUUUGAAUUUGAUCCUGCUGGAAGAAUUUCGUGAUUUUAACCAACAUUUAAACGAAGAUACCCCCGAAAACGGUGAAAAUUAAUUUAUUGCUGACAGAUAUAAAAUGAAAUGAACAAAAAAGAAAUUAAAAUAAUAAUUUAACGGCGGGGAAGAGGAAGUGAUUAAAAUAAUAAAAGACAAAUAGAACGAAUUAAUAUGACGAUAUCCGAAGAAAUUCUUAUUUUGAAUCAUCUUAUCGUAACUUACCUCCGAGUUUUAUUCCUCCUCCUUUUUCCUCCUCCCAAUUGGUCGACUUUCUAAUUCCCAUCUGAUAUCUGAUACAUUUUAUCUGAAUAAAACUAGAGUACACAUACAUACAUACACAUACACAGACACAUACACGCAUAUAUAUACAUGCAAGAAGAGUUUUCAGAUUCGUUAACGUAUUAAUGCACUUGCUCGUAAACUUCUCUCGUUAAAACAAAGGUAUAUAACGUAUACGAGAAAGAGUAAGAAGAACAAGAAGAGAGAGAGAGAGAGAGAGAGAAAGAGAGAAAAAAAAAA